AUGACAAUUCUUGGAUGUAUAUUUUUCCUUGUGAUUUGUUAUUCUUCAUUUAGAACUUCUUAUGUUUAUGGUUUAGAAUUCAAGAAAUUUAUGAAGCCAUGUUUUGUUGGCGAUGAGAUUGAAAACACGUGCUCAGAUCCCAGUGAGUUGUGUCAUGAGAAACUGGGCACGGAACUCAAGCUUGUCAGGCUGAAUGGUAUCAAGGUAAUUCUAAUUCAUAAAGGAGAAUAGGGGAAUGUAAUUAAAACACUUUCUUUUAUCGGUUAAAUUUCUUUAUUCAAUGUAAAUGCGGCGCCUCAGAAAUGAUUUUUUUUAGAAACUUAGAAACAAUCGGAACGAGCUGGUGGUGAUGCAGGUCAAAUACGGGUUGUUAGUGGACGGAACAAAAGAGAGUAUACUAACGACUGAAAAGCAUUUUAGAAACCAAAAGCGGCGGGAGCAAGCUGCCGUUCAGAAUUCGCACAAUUGUGUUUCAAGGGCUUCAAUUUCCCGUGGGGAAUUAAAAAAAAACUAUGCGAAAGGACUAUUUUCGUGGUGAAGUCUGUGCUGUAAAAUUAACUAAUCAGAUGGCUCCAUUCAGCCUUACGAAUAGCUAGCCAUGAUAUGUAAAUUUCAAGGUGCAAUGAUAUAGUGAUAUAAUCUAGAACGUUAACACCUUGCUGUUUUGAUCAUUUUACCCGUCUUUCUCUGACUUUCAGACAGGUCACUUGCAGUGGGUGAAGGUCAGUGAUAAGAGAUUUGUGAAACUUAUCACACGAGCAAUGACACCUGUAGUGUUCGGUUAGUACUUCUUAUGAAUUUUUUUACCUGACGAUUUUCCAUAUCACAGAAUUGGAAUGAAAGGGGGACAGUAAAUAUUGAUUUAAGUUUUACAUAAACGUAUUUUGGACAUUUUCAUGAACAUUGCAUAAAUAACUAUUAUUUCUAUGCAGUGUGACUACAAUAGGGACUGCCAAUUUGACUUUUACCCCUUUGUCAAUUUCAAGAAAUUCCAGAGUUCCUGUCAUCUGAAGAGUGUGAUCACAUCAUCGAACUGGCUGGAAAAAGCGGGCUUAGGACUAGUACCUCUGGUUUCCAGUUCAACUACGACGGAAACUUGGACAGAGAAUUGGAGACAGCAGGUGAGGGAGAGCUACUUGAAGUCGAAAACUACAAAUGUCAAUGUUUUGUUAAUUAGGAAAGAAAAAGUCAACCGAACCUUUAGCUAAAAGGUUCUGCUUAAUAUUUUUGUAACGUCGAGCACUUAGCACUUAGUCAUCACAUUAGUCAUUGUCAUGUACUCAACGGGUAAGCUCGUGAGGAGCGUAAAUAUGUGAGUUGGAGCUGAAGAGCCCUUCACCAGGGUUAAAAGGCGAUUAACCACACGUUGACUCGUUUUCAUUUAACCCAUAGUUACGAUUAACCUGCAUCGCAGACGUCAUUUAACCCCGGUAGGGAACUUCUGCGAAACAGCGUCGAAAUCCUUGUUCUGGGCCCCCAGCGGACUCAGCGAAUUACCAGAAAUGAGUUUCGAAUUUCCUUUCAUACUGAUUGGCAAAUCGACAAUGGCUUUUUUUAAUAGACCAAUCAUGGCGCGUACUCAAAUCCUGGGACACAGGUGGGGGCCCAAAACAAGAUUUUGGCGCCGUUUCGCAGACGGACUUAACCAGAGUUUAGGUUCGUCUGUAGCGCAGGCUAAGUUACAAUCUAUCUGACAUAUUUUUCAAUUGGAUGGCGCCACUCAAGAGGGUCCCCAGAAGGAUUUUGGGUGUUGAGGCUGGGAUUCAGAUUUGUAAUUAAUACUGUAUCAACAGAACGCAGGAUUUAACGUUUUAACAUUGCGGAAGUGUGGAAAUAUUGUUUUAUAGGCAUUGUCUGGAAAAGGUGAUCUUCAUUUAUUUUUCUUAAAAGUAGAAAAAUCAUUUCAUUUUGACUUAUCAUAAGUUGCCCACAUCUGCCCGCGAUUGGUUCUCCGAAGAUGGGGGAAUCUGGGACUUUUGACGAGGAUUAGCCAAAAAAUAGUCAUCGAGACCACGAGAUUGAGGAAAAGGGUUUGAAAAACCCUAUAGGACACUCGGUGGUUUAUUAACGUCGGGAAUUGUUUUGCAGACAGAAAUUGGACACUUGGUCAUCAUGAGAUAUUUGCUGGAAACUUUGAGAAAUGGGAUACAAACAAAGAUGGCUAUGUUGACACUGAUGAGGUACCGUAUGUUCUUUUUAAAGAGAAAGUCUUGAAUCGCCCGUUUUCAUUGUUGACACGCACUUAGGCCCAAAGGCGCAGUCAAAACACCCAAUAGAAGGUAGCUUGUGUGUAACAGUCAUUUAAACAAGUUUUCAAUUGGCUUGAUAGCCUUCUGUCUCGCGUUAUGACGUUUUUGGUAUUAUUACUUUAAAAAAAUCCGACCAACAAAUUGACAUCUUUAAAAUUUGAAAGGUGAAGGAAUUUGCCGGGCAUCACAAACAGCUCUAUCUACCGAACGAGGAAGUGGAUAAAAUGUAAGUGCAAUGAUAUAUAUUUUUUUUAACCGUCUAAAUGUUUUUUCUUCUUUCAUAUUUCUUUCAAUAACAUAUAAUUCAAUUGGAUUGAAGAAUAAGGUCACGAAGAAAGCGCGCCAUGUAAACAACACAUUUAUUUACCUUAGUAGAACUUUACACAAUCUCACCCUUCGUACGUAAGUUAUACAAGUAAGAAUGCUAAAAGGAUGUCUAAGUCAAUUCACAGGUUUACCAAUAUCAUCUUUUGAAUCUUUUUGUCGGCUACCUAGGCUUGAAGACUUGGACAUCAGCGACAAAUUUUUGGACGGUAUGUAUGGUUAUAACUGUUUCAGAUAUAAAAAGCAAAUGAUGCGGGAAGGAUGUCUGCUUCUUUUAAAUUUAUGCUAUUCGAAUAAGAUUUCAGUUUAGAAUAUUGCUUACAAAACUUAGCUUGUAUUUUAUUUGUAAGUCCAUAUCACGCCUUAGUUUUUAUUCAACAGGUAAACUGACAGCAGAUAAUUUUAAAAAGUUAAAUAUCAAGAAAAUUCUUCACUAUAUGGAUUUCUUGAAGAACAACAGUCCACGUCACAGAUUCCGCUUCAGCCAGCAAACAUGGUUACAGCAAGAUAAAACCGCUGACCCUGUUUUGAGACAGCUUCAUGAAAGGUAAGCUUUCUAACACAGCUUAAUGCGCUGCACUUGAUGAGUUCCUUCUAAUAUUUAUGGACUUCCAUUUUUAAAAAAAUCCCGGAAAAACGAUAUUGUUUCCCCUGUAACCCUUAAGGCCGAUUUCAACUGCCGCGUAAUUUGGACGUGCGCUACGCACGUAAUUUUUACGCGUGUAAAUGAAUUAGAGGCAAUGUGUUUAAAAAGGUCGCACGUAAAGGUAGGAAAUGAACCUCUCUCAAAUUUUACGUUUAUGCGCGAUCUUUCAUGCAUUGGCUCUAUUUUAUUUACCCACAUAAAUUCUAUGCGUGUGCGCAUGUAAAAAUUACGCCCACAGUGGAAACCCACACGUUAUUCGUGGGGUCGUUUUUGCUGUGCCAUCCGCUCGACUGGCAGCAUGGCCGACGUCCAAAGCGUGAACGAAUAGAGGUUUUUUGAAUCUGAACGGAUUACGAACAUUUUGCCCGCUAGGAUUUCGGUUCCUGGCAUUUAAUAAAAGGAUGGCCGUUUGUGAUGGGAAGAUCGCUUUAUGAAAGUUGUCAGUGGUAAAGACUGCACUGUAUUUGGCCAAGAGAGAAUUAGAGACUCUAAAAAUAGUUGUAAUGAAAUUCACAUCUCCCUGCCAACGCCCUAAGAUUUCCUCCCUGUCGAUUCAGUUAUUCUCUCUUGAACUGGCCUUGUUCACUCAAACUAUUAUAAAAAUUUGAAUAUUUGCUCUUUCUUCUGUUUGAAAUUAGUAUUACUUCAGCCUUCUAACGCUAUAAGAAGAUGAUUGAUAGUUCCAGUGUACGAAUAAUUUAAGGAAAAGUUGUAUUUUUCAUAGAGUCAUAAGGCUGACCAAACUUCCAAGGAAAAUCGUCCAAGGAGGAGAACCGAUGCAGGUGAAUUUUAUGCUAGAAAGAGUUAAAUAAGUUUAGAAAAUGCUACAAAAAGUAACCUACAUCUCUUUGCAAGAUAAAAAGUAGCCGUUACUGACAAUGUUUUAUAAUCAUUCAAUCAAUUAAUGAAUCAGUCAAUCAAAAGGGGCAGAGGGGUAGGAAUUUCUUGAGAUGGCCAUUUUAAUUAAAAGGGUAUUCAAUUCUAUUAUGUUUCGAACCCACACAUCUUAUGGUCGAAUCAAUUUAAUUUGUCAAAUGCCUCGUAAAAAUAAUGAUAAGAAUUACUGUAUUAGUAGGUAUGUGAAAGUGGCAUUAUUUUUUAAUGUAAGCUAUGCUAAAGUAGUACCUUUUCUAUAUGGCAUAUAAAAGGGUCAGGGGCUGGUCUCGGGGCGCAGCCUCCCCGUAUAUGACAUCGAUGAAUACCCCCUCUAGGAGUCAGUUUCUUACAGUGAGUGACCACUCCAAUCUCGUCACCAGAGCCUUCGAAUCCUAUGGCUGCGUAUAGUCAUGCGCAACUGAGAAGAGCUCUGGGGUCAAGAAUAUCACCCCUCCGCGGUUAAACCAGGAUUGAAGAUUUCUCGCCUGUUUUGGCUUCUCAUUUUCUUGAUGAGGCGUUCUUUACUUUCUGUUCCUCUUUAUAAAACGUAAUUAGUAUAGGUAAUAGCAUGAUUUGUAGUGAUAUUUGGCAUAAAUACCACGAGUGAUAUUUCAAAAUUGUUAUACGUAAUUUCACGAGCCGUUAGGCGAGUGAAAUUUGAGACAAUUUUGAAAUAUCACGAGUGGUAUUUAUGCCAAAUAUCACUACAAAUCAUGCUAUUAUUUGUUUAUACUACUACCCACAAAAGGUCUGUAAUUUUCACAUAUAGGUAUUUCAAAUUAAGCUGAAAUGCCACUACUCUAAACCAAUCAAAUUGCAAAAAUUUCUCGAGUAGUAGUAUAAACAUAAUAACCAACUUCAUUUGUUCUAAUGUGCGAUUCGAGACGUUUGGCUAUAAAAAAUUGAUAAUCAUGCAUAAUCACAAACUUCAAAUCGCCAGAUUGGACUAUUCGAGACGUUUGGCGGCAGUGAUUAUUUAAUAAUUAAUCAUAAUUACAAACUUCAUUUUGUCAGAUUGUACGAUAUGAGAAAUUUGGCCACUAUCACGCGCAUCUGGACUCUACGGUUAACGGUCCCACAGUCCCUUGCUGUCAUCAAAAUUACUUAAGGGCAACAGAUUGCAGAGUCUGCAGGUGACUAUAUUGAAAUUGUACGUGGUACACACAGUCCUGUUGCUAGACUGACCUCAUCCAAGUUGGACAGGAGCAAUUAUCGCUGUUGACAAUAAAUUAAGUGUAGAAUUUCUUUUUACGUCCUCCAAAAUUAGCAUAGGACCAGGCUCCGCUGUAAAAAUAACAAAAACGGCAUAAAAAAUCUGUGAGCGAACUGAAAGAAAGCUUAACCGAGCGGUGGUUUGCGGAAUCUGCAGGUUCCAGGCUAUCCAAAAUUUGCUGAAGCAACUUUUUGUUUUCUGGCUGAGGGUGUUAUCCACCGAGACCGCCUAGGGCGGGGGUUACUUUAGCUUUUACGCUCGAACAGAAGAAAUGAAACGGAACUCUCAAAAUAUAUUUGGACUUUACAAGACUCUUAGAAACCUUUCCAGAUAAAAUGGAAAGUUUUAAAGAAGUGUAAAACCUCUAGCAACAUUAGCAAAAAAUGUAAUCUUUGUCUUUAUGAAAAGUUCAUCAUAUCAUCAUUUGUAAAAAAGAGCUUUGUAGCCUAAAGAGGCGAAACGAACUAGCGAGUUCAUACCCCCACAGAAACAGAUAUGUACUUCAGAACUCUACAUUAACGUAACUAAGACAAAAUCCAUCUGUUACCUAGAUACAAUCUCUUAACGCAUCCCUAUAACAACCACCCAAAUUUUACUGCCAGCUUUUAAUUUUAACGGUCAAUCGUUGCAGUUGCCUGAUGAGUGUGGUCCUACAAUUUCGGACCAUACGAAACAGCACUGUCGCAAUAAACGAUCGAUGAUUACUCCUGAAGCCUGAACUCCUGUGAUUAUUAAUAGUUAAGGCUCUUCAAUUAAAUGAAUUGAGCGCUCUACGAAAUACGUUCUACCCAGAACACAAGUAGUUUAACAUAUAUACUUUAUUUUAAUUAUGUUUUUUUUGGAAUUAAUAUUUCUUAAUAUGGGCCGAAUGAGCUAUUGACUCAGAGGCCAUGAGGGCGAGAGGAACAAUUGUUUUAGUAAAAUCCAACUGGUUGGUCAAAAAUAUCGAGGCAAAACAACUCAGCCCCAAACAAGCAAGACGAGUGAACAACAGUUAGCUUAUUACUAGCAGAACGAUGGACGAUUACAGAAAUUCGCCGACAGUCUAAUUCUGUGCUGACUUCUUCCCUGCUCACAGAUGUCCUUCCGCUAUAAAGUUUAAAAUAAGACUAGAAUGCGCGAGCGUGAAUAGAGUCAAACGUCCUAUUAAUUUCUAAGGCUUACUUUCCUACAAAUAAAAUCAACUGAAUGUAAAAAGUGAAAGAGAAAUAGCGAAAAAUUCAACUUCUAAUGAAACCGUUUCUUAUGGUUUGGAAUAAAAUAUUCUCGAAACUGAGAAUGUUUUGAUCAAAGCUGUGUAAAUCGAACUGAAACUGUGCAUGGAACCUUGCGUUUCCAGUAUUUAUCUCACCUAUUGUAUGGAAUAUGUGUGAAAAUCUUCAUUAUGAAUCGGUAUAUUUUAAAGAGCUUCACAACGAGCAAGAAUGCUAUUGACCGACAAUAUACAGAGCGGGGGCAGCUGUAGUGUCAGCUGUUACUGGUUUUUAUUAUUACUCCCUAUAAUAAACGUAAUGGAAACAAGAAAGAACGGAAAUGUGAUAACAGAAAUGUGGCGGAAACAUGAUCGUUCGUUUCCGACUCGGAAACAUAACGGAAACGCGACCCGUCCAUGGAAAACUAGAUCACCAUGUUUCCGCAGGGCGGAAACGAGACGGAUUUAAGCAACUUCACGUUUCAGUCGAGUUUACAAAAUACGGAAACACGUUUUUUCGUCCUGUGAUAGCCUUUAUACGAGAAGGAAUGAAAGCCUAGCCAAAGCAGUAGUGUCAAAGUUACAACUAAGGUAGCGGUCUUGUUAAUUUUGUGCAGAUCACUCCAGAAUGUGAUUAUAUAUAUAAAAAACUAUCUUAUCGUAGAACGCGACAACUGUCUCUGGGGUAAAAUUUAAUUUUUUCAGAUUUAUUACAAUCCUGUAUUACUUGAAUGACGUGGAAGAAGGUGGCGAAACUGCUUUUUUAAUUGCUGACAACACCACAACAACUCCAGAUGUAAGUCUUUAUUAAGUUAGGCGUCUUCUUUAUUGAGGACAUCAAUUGUAUUUCGGCAGUUUUUGGGAAUAUAUUUUUUAAACUCCCAAUCGAUCGUGAGGUUUGAAAACUACAAUAGUUCGGAGAAAUAAACAAAGCAUUAUUAAAUAUUUAAGGCUAAGCGCGAAGUCAUUGAUAUGAAAGUGAUUAUGUAUUCUCGUUACAAAAAAAAUCAUUUUUACAAAAAAAGGGUUUGCACUUAGCCUCGUUUGAAAGUUAGAGUUUUUGGAACCUCGACAAUGGUUUAUUAAAAGUGAAGGAAAGGAAAAGAGAAAAACCACGGUAGUAACACAUGAUUAACAGUGCAACGAACUCAACCGGGCAAGCUCAGCUAAAAUCAAUCGCCAUAUCACGGGAUGACGUUUAUGAUAAUAUUAAAGGAGCCUGACUUUGUUAAUUCGUUUAAAAUUUGAAAAUGUCUGUAUAGCCCCAGUUAAAGUUGUUACACUGUAAGAAACUAUCAUGUAAGUAGGCUUAAUCUUUGUAUUUCAUUGAUGAGAUUUUGGAAAAACGUUACUAACAAUACUUCGCUUAGUUCCAAAUGAAUAAGACUAAACUUUUUGUCUGUGAAAGACAAAGGGUGUGAACGCUCUCUUUAACAUUACCUUUUAACGCUCAUGCAUAUCUCUAGUUGUAUUUUGAAAACGAUGACUGGGCUUGUAUUAUUUUCCAGGACAUUUAUAAUUCAAAGGCCGCAACAGACGAGUUUAAUUUGAGCAUUAAUUGUAACUCGGCCAACUUGGUUAUUGCCCCCAAGAAAGGCACCGCCAUCAUGUGGUAUAACAGUUUCAUCGACUCAGACAGCGGUCUUCUUGGUGCAGUGGAUCAUUACACACUACAUGGUGGUUGUGACGUCAUUAAAGGGGAAAAGUGGAUUGCUAACAACUGGCUCACAGCGCCCACUAAACAAUCAAGACACAUCAGGAGCAUGUUCGAUGUUGGGUUUGAUUGA